AGUCCGCGAAAAGCCGCUUCUAGUAGCAAAGCACGUGAAUCGAUUGUAUCCGCAAAAAGCAACGGUAGUUUUAUUUUACUGGUUCCAGGCAUUUAUAACCGAGCACGACCAUGACUGUGGAACCCUCUAAGGUUCCGGUUUCGAUUUCGCUGUACCAGGACGCGGUUUAUGAGCUGGAAACCGCCAUCGAAACGGCGGCAAAAGCCGGCUACCAUUCCAUAACGACUCCGAUCGUGCACCGGAAGUUUCAACGUGAGUUCAUCGAUGAACCGCUCAAGACGUUGCACAGCCGCUUCACCCGGUCCGAUUUGCUGCUCACUUCGUCCCAGUGGCUCAAUCGGGUCAUUUGUCAGCUGAGCACCGAUACCGAUUGCGAUUCGGAGCUAGAUGAGGUGCGCAAACGUGGAGAGGCCACGAUCCGGCAGGAACUGAGCUUCGCCGAACAUUUGGUACAAAACGGGGUAGUGUUGUUGCCGUUGCGUAAUGGGAAUUGUGCCAAUUUGGCCCGGCUGGUCACUUAUGGGCUCAAGGGUACGCUGCUGGUGGGAAUACCGAUGGUGAAUCCUAAAUCCGUCCAGAGCACCUGGCGGAACGAUGUGGAUGACGAUUUGCCGCUGGAAGAUACGUGGACCUGGUGGAACAAUUUCCGCUCCUAUGCAGACUUCAAUUCACACGUUAAGGUAGCUUUAGAAUUUACUGCGGACAUUCCUAGUAGUAAGGAAAUCAGUCGCUGGUUGGGAGAACCCGUAGACGCAAUAAUUUUAUCGUCCAACAUCUUUCUCACAAACGCGAAAAACUUCCCUGUUUUAUCAAAGAGCCACCAGGAGCUUCUGGUCCUAUUUCAUCGAACGUUGGGUUGCCAUUUCAUACUCAAAGCUAAUCCGGACGAUAAACAUUUAAGCAACUAUUCCGACUAUAUGUUGCACAUUUUGCGGACCAACUACGUCAAAGAUCCGAUGCAAGGAUACGAUGAUCUGCUGGAAAUUCCACUGCAACCUUUGUACGACAAUUUGGACAGUUUCACGUACGAAAUAUUUGAGAAAGAUCCGGUUAAAUACAUACUGUAUCAGAAUGCAAUUGAGGAAGCCCUGAGAGAUCGGGUCCCUACCGAGGAGCUUGAGGAGCGAACUUCCAUUAUUAUGGUGGUCGGGGGAGGUCGCGGUCCAUUAGUGCGGGCUGCACUAAACGCUUCGGUCAAGAGUAAACGCAAAGUAAAGGUCUACGUUAUUGAGAAGAAUCCGAAUGCCAUUGUGACACUGAGUGCGCUGAUCAACGAGCUGUGGAAGGAUCGCAACGUUGAGCUCAUAUCGACAGAUAUGAGAGAAUUCGAGCCGCCAGAAAAGGCUGACAUUCUUGUGUCGGAAUUGCUGGGAUCUUUUGGUGACAACGAGCUCAGCCCCGAGUGUCUGGAUGGAGCACAAAAACACCUGAAACCGGAUGGUGUGAGCAUUCCAUGUAAAUCAACUUCCUAUCUCAACCCCUGUAUGACGACGAAUCUUUACAACCAAAUAAGAUCGCUGGAAAAGAGCCCCCAGUCCAAGGACCGAGUCGUGACAUCCAAGUACAUGGAAGGCGCCUACGUUGCGUAUCUCAAGAACGUUUACCACAUCGAUGACCCGCUGCCGGUAUUCGAAUUCGUGCAUCCGAAUCGGGACCCGGUGAUCGACAAUUCUCGCUUCAAGACGCUCCGCUUCAAAGCAGCCCUGGAUUGCGUGAUGCACGGUUUCGUCGGCUAUUUCGAUUCCGUCCUAUACAAAGACAUCAUCAUCAGUAUUCACCCGUUUACGCACACCAAAGGUAUGGGCUCCUGGUUUUCGAUGUUUUUCCCGCUCACGGAACCGAUCCAAGUCAAGCGGGGCCAGGAGAUUGUGGUCAACUUUUGGCGCUGCGUUGCCGCCCACAAGGUUUGGUACGAGUGGAAUGUAACGGCACCGCGCCAAACGCACAUCCACAACGUGCAGGGCCGGGGACAACCGAUUUGGAAAUAAGCUGACCUUUUUCAUUAAAAAAAAGAAAUCCUAAUUUCCUCAAAAAGGAAGAUUGAUCAACCACAAACCUCAUACCAUAUGAACAUAAAUCAACAAAUUAUAUAGAAACGGACGUGCAAAGAGCGGUUCAAUAAGUACUUGCACGAAUAUAGGAUAUUAUUUGUUUGGUAUCGUUUUACCAAAUCGAUUGCCGAAGAUGAAACAUGAUGUCGUGAACAAUAUUCAAUAUUGUUCGAACAAGCUUCGUUUUAUUGUUUCCUAACAUAUAUUUUUGUUUAGUUGUUAUUUUUUUACAAAUUUCGUGAAACUACCUUCAUUAGCUAAAUAAACGAAACAACUACUUUCCAAACUAGAA